GGAGUAGGUGAUUGGAGUAUAAUUGUCAAACAUAAAAAGGAAGAAAUCUUGUAGACAUGAAUCGGGAACUGAUAGUGAAAAUUGUACCAGACAGGAUAAACAAGGAGGAAUUGUAGGUACUGAUGAAAUUGGCAGUAAAUAAUACUGUAAAUCCAGUAAAAAUUACCAAAGCAUUAAAAAAAGGACUAGAUGAUAUAGAGAGUGCUAAGACCCUGAGGAAUGGAAGUCUUCUCAUUUUUUUGUAAAAACGUAAAACAACAGAAAGUAGCACAAGGCAUAAAAUCAAUGCUCAGCCAAUCAGUGAGUUGCACAGUUUAGAGUAAGAGGGCUUGGUUAAGGGGAGUAAUCUCUGGAAUUCCAGUUGAUGUAAAUACUGAAAGAGGUUUAAAGUCAGCAUUCAAAAAAGGACAACUAAUUAUAUAUCAGUUUUUACAAGAGAGCUAAUAGCUAUACAAUGGGUUGAGGAAGUACAGCCAAUGAGGGUUGUUAUCUGUUCAGACUCUCAAUCAGCUUUAAGUAGCUUAUUAAAUGGGCAGUCUGAAUCCAGACUAGAUUUAGUAUAUGAGAUUCUUACAUAUCUGCUUAGAAUUCAGCAACUAGGGAUGGUCCUGCGAUUUCUUUUAAGUACAAGCACAUGUGGGAGUACAAGGAAAUGAAAUGGUGGACAAACUGGCUAAACAGGCAAUGGAUCAUAUGGAUAUUGAAGUUUAUAUACCACUCAGUAAAGAAGAGGUAAAAGGAAGAAUUAGAGAAUUUAUGAAUAUAAAGUGGCAAGAAAUGUCACUCGGCUCCGAAUAGGACGUUCUGGCUUAAAUCAUUAAUUGUUCAAAAUAGGGAAACAUCAAACAGGAUUAUGCUUGACAUGUGGUGAAGCCGAGACUGUUGAACAUGUUUUAUUAUAUUGUGUCAUGUUUACAAGGGAAAGACAGGAGUUAUUAAAUAAAUUGAGAAAUAUAGAUUCAAACAAUUUCACCUUACCAAACCUAUUGAAUUGUGCCUCAGGACAGUCAAAUACACAGAGAGAAAUACUUAAUUAUCUCAGGAAAACAGGAUUGGAAAAAAGGAUUUAAUAAACGUAUUAUAUAAAGUUUUUAUUUUUUUCCUUCUUAUUAAUGUUUCACACGUAUCUGAUAUCAUAUACUGACUGUAGCAUUGUUUUCAGAGAAGCCAGUAUUUCAACUUAGCAUAGUGCGAGUAAAAGCGACGUCAAAUGCUGUGCGUCAAAUCCAGUUUGGACAUACUUUUUAGGCUACUAUUUUAGAAUAAUAUGGAGUAGGCUAGUUAAUGUAUAAACGGAAGAAUAUGCAGUUACUGCAAAAACUAUCAAACAAUUCAAAAGAUGAGUCAUGAAAAUCACUUGCGGUUUAUGGUAGGCAUUGUUCAUUUUCUACUGCAUCUAGAAGUUCUAGAUGUAACACGUUCAUUGACCGUGGUAAAACUGGUUGUACAACUCUUAAAAAAAACGAUCAGAUCUGGAUGGGAUAUUUUGCAACAAAGUGUUGACUAUCCGCAUUCUAUGGCUUUUGUUAAGGGCUGCUUGUUAUUAUAAAUCGACUUUACCUGCCAAAUCUUCUCCAGACAAUAGAUGCGCUGUCAGCUCGAAACAUGAAAUCGUGGAUUUUUAAACUACCUUUCUUGGCUCUGUGUGUUUUAUUUAUAUACUGGAAGUCUGUGGAAUUCAUGUCAAAAGAGGACUGGUCCACCACAUACCAGAGGAUUCUUUCAUCUUCAAGAGCUUUUUUAGAGGUAGAAGACUGGACUGGAAAUGACAUAGCUGAAGAGGAGGCAGUGCCAGCCUGCUCCAUGAGACAUACCAUAAAGAAGGAUGACAGUCUGAGAAAAGAUUUUAACUUUUUAGUGCCUGUUCUGCAGUGGCGUGAUACUUUUACCCAACCAGAGUGGCAAAAGCUCCAUAAUUCUGCAUCGCCUUAUGGUUGGAAGGACCAGACUUAUGAUGAAAUAGGCAAGACUCUUUCUUUGCUGUGGCAUCCCUCUAACAGUCGUCUGUUUAUGCGGAAUACGACAGAUGAGUGUGUGCGUUGUGCCGUGGUGGGUAACGGUGGGAUUCUCAAAGGAUCAGGGCAGGGGAAAGCCAUAAACAGUCACAAUUAUGUUUUCAGGGUAAACGGGGCAAUAACCAAGGGUUUCGAGGAUGAUGUUGGAACAAAGACAUCCUUCUAUGGCUUCACCACCAACACGCUCAAGAACUCCCUUGCAUCUUAUUACGCGGACGGCUUCAUCAUGGUGCCACGUGACCCGGGCAUUCAAUAUAUUUUUAUCCCUGCGGGAACUCGAGACUAUGUGAUGCUGGCUGCAGCCAUUCAAGAUAAGCCUGUGCCCUCUGGAUACGAUAUGGGUGACAGGCCCUCGCAAUAUUUUGGAGAUUCUCCUCAAGUUACUCAGUUCAAAAUGCUUCAUCCACACUUCAUUAAAUAUGUGACUGAAAGGUUUCUAAAUUCCUCACUGCUGAAGGCAUACCCCGACAUAUACAUGCCCAGCACAGGUGCUCUCAUGCUGCUGACUGCUUUACACACUUGUGACCAGGUGUCUGCAUAUGGCUUCAUCACAGAUAAUUAUGGUGAAUUCUCAGAUCAUUACUUUGAUAAGGAGAAAAAAGGUCUGGUUUUCUAUGCAAACCAUGACAUGCAGAUGGAAGGAUUGCUGUGGAAGCUGCUGCACUCUCGUAAAGUCAUGUGGCUGUAUCAGAGACAAAACCCUAACACUAACUCUAAGAACUCAACUGGGAAACAAGAGAGAAGGAAGUGAUGCCACUGAUUCUUAAGCACUGGAACAAAACAGGACUGCAAAGACAGAUGGACAUAUUUUGGAUUCAUGUGUUGAACAUGUUCAGAGGUAUUCAACAAUGUUUUGGUGUAACAUCCUGCUUCCUGCCUCUUCACGAAAUGUGUGUUCACUGUACAAAGCACACUAAACUAAACCAGCUGUCAGGCACAAACAACACAUCUGUAUUGCUGUGCAAAAUACAGGGUUUCUUAGUAAUAUUGAUAUCAAGAACUUAGUUUUUAAACUGUCUGUCAGCUCCAUCUAGGGGAUAAAAUAUGUGUUGACAGCUGAUGGGGUUGACAGUAUGAACCAUAUCACAAAAGUAUUUCAAGCAGUUUUACCAUUGUUUUCUGUGGUUUCUCUGUUCCAUUUUCUCCAGUUAGCUCACAAGCUAACCAGUCCGCCUAAUAGAUUAGCAUACCGCUAGCUUCUUCUCUUCAUUUUUAUCACAUUUCUCUUCACUGUCACCACCUGGUGUUAUGGUGGUAUGAUUGUAUCCAAUAGAACUUGUAAAUUACGGAAUAUAUAAUUUUUUUAAUUUAUUUUUUAUUACAUUGUUUGUGGUUUAUGUUUAGGUUUGGUGAUAGGUGCAAGUGAAGGGUUGUUGCAGGAUUCCAAAUAAACACAAUAAACAUUGUGAAUGAAUGUUACAUCCAAGUGUUGCAAGACUUGAGCAUGCUGGAAAUUUGAAUUUUACAUGCUUUUCUUUUCAGGAGUCUUGACAACCAGGAAAACAGGUUUUUCGCUGAGUACAAAUUGUUUUAUUAUUUUCAACUGACAUAUGUGACAUAUUUAAAUGACUGUAUUAAACUAUAGGAAUGUUAAAACUGAAUUGUGUAUAAUGUGAUUUGUAAGGUAACUAAAUAUUUUAUUAUUAAAAAAUGUAUGAUGAGA